AUACCACUCGACACUUAUUCCGGCGACGCGCCGGUGGACGUUUUCAUUAGUUUUGCGAACACACGCAAUUUUCAGAAUCUACUUUGAUUCAACUUCCCACCUCGCGCGAGCUCAGACGGCACUUGGAGAAAAAAAAAACAGCGAACCACCAGCGAGCACUACUUAGCAUCUCUCGGUGGAAGUAGCGUUAUUUGAGGGCGCGCGCGCGAGCAGUGUGUGUGUGUGUAUGUCUGUCUAGGCAUCGGCAGGUGUGAAUAAUUUUCCAUCACCGACGCAGUUCGCGCGCUUCGAGCUCGAGAGGAUCGUCGCGGCGUCUUCGGUAAGGGCAACGUGUGCACAACUCGUCGUCGCUGAUCAACUGCUUUGUGAGCGUAUACAUACCUGAGAAUGUCGGGCAUCGCUAUUGCUAGACUCGCGGAGGAGCGGAAAGCCUGGAGGAAGGAUCAUCCCUUUCGAUAUCGCCGUAGUGCAUGUGUCGAGGGUGUGCUCGCGAAUGUCCCGUGUCUCACGAACGAGUAGAAAAAUGCAGGAUCGUCAAUCUUUCGAUCGCGAGCUUCACGUCUGGCUAAAAUCGUGCACGGAUGCAUCGGCGCGCAGCUACUGUAAACAAAAGCCGCUUCGGAGAAGCGGGAUUCGUUGCUCGCCCCACGAAGAAUCCCGAUGGAACUCUGAAUUUGAUGAGUUGGGAAUGUGCAAUACCAGGAAAGAAAGGAACUCCAUGGGAAGGUGGUCUAUACAAGUUGCGUAUGAUCUUCAAAGAUGACUACCCCUCGAGUCCACCAAAAUGUAAAUUCGAGCCACCGCUCUUCCAUCCAAAUGUCUACCCAUCGGGCACAGUGUGCCUAUCUCUGUUGGAUGAAGAGAAAGACUGGAGGCCUGCAAUUACAAUUAAACAAAUCCUUCUUGGUAUUCAGGACUUGUUAAACGAGCCCAAUGUAAAGGAUCCCGCACAAGCAGAAGCUUACACAAUCUACUGCCAAAAUCGUUUAGAAUACGAGAAACGAGUACGAGCGCAAGCGCGAGCAAUGGCACCGCAAGAAUGAAUUUUUUAUCGAACCUGAUAUUUCCGAUGUGAACGUGAACGUGGCGCCUCGCUCUUAGGAAUUUAUGUAUCCUGCAUCCCUUUGGCAACACUCAUCGGAGCAGGAUGACUUCCACGCUUAAUCAACGAUUUCGUAACUACAUAAACUCCAGUCCAUUUCGGCGAUGGCAAGAUAUCGAACACACUUUUAAUCUACUGCUCAUAUUUAUUUCUUAUGACUCCUCCAUGAAUGAUUGCCGGUUUCAUAAGACAAAACGAUUCCUUGUUUGAAUCAAGAGUAGCGUGAUCAAGUCAAGCUACUCUUGAGUAAAAAUAACUUUUCAUUUGUUACACUUAUUAGCUCGCUGGCUGUCGAAAGUACGAUUAUGUUUCAUUGAUCCCGAGAUCGACCGAGCUAAAGCAGGGUCUGAGCAAAGUUUUUUCUAAAAAAAGAAAAGAAAAAUAAUCACCGAUUAAAUUUAUAUAAAAAAGCAACUACUGCAUGAACAUUAUUAGUUAUAUAAAUUUGAACUUUUAAGUGUUUGAGUCUUGAUGAGUUUAACGGAAAUUUUUCAGUAGCGUUUUUCAUUUUUGUAUUUUAGGUAAAGUAUUUUUUAUAAUAAUUAUAAACAUUAAUAUUAAUGACUACCACUUAUGAAUAAUAAAGUAAUGUAUUAUAGCGAACACUUGAUAUACAUUAUUUUGGAAUCAUGUCCAUCACCAUGUAUGUGUACAUAGCUGAACAAAAAUUGAAAAAGAUCAUCGCUCAACAUUUGAAAAUUUUCCACGAGUCAGUGUCUAGAUAUGUAUAAUAAACUAUGUGUUUCAAAAAGAA